ACGACUGUGUCCCUUCCGCCCCCUCGUCCGUUUAACCGGUAUUUUCUAGCUACGCUCUCUACACCUCCAAAUUCGCUCUCCUGCUUUCAUUCCCUCUUCCCUUCAUCUCAAGACUUCAAAUUUUUCUCUCAAGGUUCUUAUUCUUAUAUCGAAGUGAAACAAAUAAACUACAAAAAAGGAUACUGGAAUACCGAGAUCAAGAGUCUGUUCUUGUGCUCCCUCGUAGCGCUGCUGCCUCUCCCCCAACCUUCCUCGAGCUACGAGAUCGAAUGUCUCUCCGUCGAAUUUGACUGUAGCAACAUUACUUACACCUUAGGCCGUGUCUGCCUGAGACACAACAACUACAUCGACCCAGGACUCACCCACGUUUACAGAGAGCGAAGAUCUGCUGACAACUGUACCGUACAUUCUGCGAAGUCUCCAUCGCUCGUCCACCCAAGAGCUACCCACUUGUCCAUGGCUGACGAAGAACCUCUGAAGGCAUUGAAGGUGGAGGAGGAAGAAAAAAUUCAGCACAUGACGCUGAGCCGGGAAGAAGCGAGCAAGAUGCUGUGGUCGAAACGUCGCUUCCGGAGGGACGGAGUGAGGAGAACUCCUAGGGAGGAGUGCUGCAGGAUCGAAAACGAACACCCUAGACACUGCAACUUCGAGGAAGUGGCUGAAUAUUGCAUUGAAUUGGUAAGAAGACUCUCCAGUGAGUUCACCUUCGACUUCGUAGAGGACUCCGUUUUCUGA